AUGGAUAAUCAGGACUUUUGUGCAGUUCUAGUUCACAACUCCCCUUUAAAUUGGGCAGCAAACGUUGAAGAAAUGAACCAGGCGUUUGAAUUACAGACGGCCUACCUCUUAACGCACACUGGCCAUGGAGGACAAAAAGUUACAAUUGACCCUUACAGUAAGACAAUAACCGUGUUGUUCCGUAACGGCAUUAGUUGGGAUCUUGGAAAAGAAACAUGGACCGACCUUAUCACUAAAACUGUUUUAGUGGAAAAUGAAAGGAGGUAG